GACCGACAGGCAGUGGGCCUCAAGUGCUGCUUCUCUCCAACUACAACCUCGGAAGUUGACUAUGUGACUUACUACGCAGCUUGCCUGAGCUUAAUUCGACGACACCCGUCUCCUCAGCUCCUGCCCCAGUAGGCCUCAUGCUAUAUUCUGCUCAUAUCUCGCCUCUACGACAAUGCAACUCGGACUCCAGGGAAAGGUCGUGCUGGUGACAGGCGGCACAAAGAGCAUCGGUCUCGCCAUAGUCAAGUCCUUUCUUGAAGAGGGCGCAACUGUGCACUUCUGCUCGCGCACCCAGUCGGGCGUCGAUGCCACUGAGCAGUCCCUAUCCUCAUCUCACCGCGAGGGCAAAGUCCACGGCCACACUGUCGACAUCACCAAGCCCGACGAGGUAUCCGAGUGGGUCAACCAGUGUGUCAAGCUCAGCAGCCGCAUCGACGUCGUGGUGUCCAACGUCUCCGCCCUGGCCGUGGACAACAGCCGCACAAGCUGGGACUCAGCAUACCAGGCCGACAUCGUCGGUACCUACAGCCUGGUCGACGCCGCCCUGGCCCACCUCAAGGAGUCUAAGGGCAGCAUCGUCACCAUCUCCUCAGUCUCGGGUCGCUACAUCGACUUCACCGCCCCCUCGCCCUACGGCGCCUUCAAGGCCGCCCUAAACCACUAUACCUCGCAGCUGGCGCACAGGCUCGCUAUCGACGGUGUCAGGGCCAACUCCGUCAGCCCGGGCAACAUCUACGUUCAGGACGGCAUCUGGGGCGAUAUCGAGAGGGAGAAGCCUGAAUUCUUUGCAGAGCAGCUCAAGGCGAACCCGACGGGGAGGAUGGGAAGGCCAGAGGAGGUUGCCGAUGCGGUUGUAUGGCUGGCUAGCGACAGAGCGAGCUUUGUGAGCGGGACCAAUUUGCUGGUCGACGGUGCUGUCUCACCUGCCGUGCAGUUCUGA